AUGGAGUACCUACGUUUAGCAUUUGAAUAUUUCUCUCAUUUAACAAUAGUACUUGUAAAGGUUGCAUAUCCUGCUUAUGCCUCCUUUAAAGCUAUCAAAACUCCAGACGGCGCCGACGAUACAACAUGGCUUAUAUAUUGGACCGUAAUGGCCAUAUGCUCAUUCAUUGAGAUAUAUAUAAUACCAUUCAUUGCAUUUGUUCCAUUUUUCAUGCUGGUAAGAGUAGGUUUUUAUAUCUGGCUCCAACUUCCAGUAUGCAACGGUUCAAUUUACAUUUUCAAGAAGUUCUUGCUUCCAUUUAUGAGCAAACACUCAAAAUUCUUUGAGGAUGUCACUAUUGAAAAUAAGGACGAUUUACUUGAUACUGUGAGACGUAUCAAAGAAAAACUCAGAAAUGAUUAUAACGAAAUCAGAGCUUCGCUUGAUUAA